CAAAGCUAUUAUCAUGAUAAAAUGUAUGAUGCACAAGAACAAACUAUUGCUAUCCAAGGUAAGGGAACAGUUGAACUAAAGUUCGAUAAGGUCGUACAACUGGAAGCAUAUCUAUCCUCGGAAAUAUGCUGUGAUAUUAUAUCGACUUACUAACUCGAAAAGUUUGGAGUAUUCCCACAUUUUCAAUCGCGACAAUUACAAACUAAGGAUGGUAAAAGAGUCGCAAACCUCAUCAAAACGCAAGAGGCCUACUGGAGUUCACCCGAGACCAUCAUAAAUGCUAAACAAAUCAGGUAUAUCAGAAAUACAAAAAACCUAAUGUCGCUAUACCAGUUUCAUGAAUCUCCAAGUCACAUCAAUGUGAAAUACAUCAAAAAAUCUGUGGAACUUGGGUUGAUAGCGGAUAUCACAUCACAAGAUGUAAACUGGAGCGAUCUAGACAGUUUCAGCUGCGAAUUCUGUUUAGCAGGAAAGGGAAGGAAAAAUAAAUUCUAAUUCAAACUCAAAUUUCGUUAGACACGGACAUGUUGUGAACGCCAGAGAACGGUACCAGAAGCAGUACAAUAAUUUUGAGUUUCUACGCGCAGACGUUUUUGGACCAAUGCACAAAAUGCCAUCCGGUACCCCAAAUAUUUCAUAAUGUUCACAGACGAACGUAGCAAAUACAGAUGGGUUUUUCCAUCAUAUCAUAAGGACGAAGAAUCGAUUGUUGAUGUUCUUGAAAAUCUCGUCUAUCACAUAUUCACUCAGCACCGUAUUAAGGUUAAAUCUUUCCAAAAGGAUAAUGGAAGCGAGUACACCAACAAUUCCAUCAGAGCUUUUCUCGAUAAGAAGGGUAUUAACUUGCAUUACACGUCAGUCAGAGAUUCUGCAUCAAAUGGGAUAGCUGAAAGAGUGAGUGUCCCGUUAAUAAACGAUCGCCGAUCUAUUUUACACAUAUCCAAAAUGCCAAAACAUUUGUUGUUUGAAGCCACCAAGGUUGCAUGCCAUCAUCGAAACUGUUUCUCAAACCCCAAGUUGAAGACUUCGUCACGUUCUGUAGCAGGUUAAGCUGCUAUCAACGCACGUAAACUACCGCCUUUUGGACAACCAUGUAUGGUGCAUGAUUAUACAGCACUUAACAAAAAGUUAUAGGCACGAAGUAUCCUAGGGCAUAUCCUCAGAAAUAUAAAACGUCAUAAGGGCUUCAGAAUAUAUUUGCCAACUAUCGGUAUAAUAGUGGAAACCCAGAACUAUAAUAUCGUC